UGAAGAAGAAGAAUCUCGACUGGGAGAGAAUGGAGUCUGAUUCCGGCGAAGGCGAAGAGCGUGUGCCGCUGAGGGAGAGGGCGGAGUGGAAGGAUGUUACUCCGGUUCCGCAAGACGAUGGCCCUAACCCGGUGGUUCCGAUCAAGUAUACGGAAGAGUUUGCCGAAGUUAUGGACUACUUUCGAGCCGUUUACCUCUCCGAUGAACGCUCCCCUCGCGCCCUUUCCCUCACCGCAGAAGCUAUCCACUUCAAUGCUGCCAACUACACUGUAUGGCAUUUCCGGCGGUUAUUACUUGAGUCACUAAAAGUUGACUUACAUAGUGAACUAGAAUUUGUGGAGGGCAUAGCUAGUGGCAAUUCCAAAAAUUAUCAGAUAUGGCACCAUAGACGUUGGGUUGCUGAGAAAUUAGGACCUGAAGCUAGAAACAACGAACUUGAGUUCACCAAGAAGAUACUGUCUAUUGACGCCAAACAUUAUCAUGCAUGGUCUCAUAGGCAGUGGGUCCUUCAGGCACUAGGAGGAUGGGAAGAUGAACUCAAUUAUUGUACCGAACUUCUUGAAACAGACAUUUUUAACAAUUCUGCUUGGAAUCAGAGAUAUUUUGUCAUAACAAGGUCUCCCUUAUUGGGAGGCCUAAAAGCUAUGAGAGAGUCUGAAGUGCUUUACACUGUUGAAGCCAUAAUGGCCUACCCUGAAAAUGAAAGCUCGUGGAGAUAUCUUCGAGGACUUUACUUAGGUGAAACAACAUCAUGGGUAAAUGAUCCUCAAGUUUCUUCAGUAUGUUUAAAGGUUUUGAGUUCGAAGAAUAGUUAUUUGUUUGCUCUUAGCACUCUUUUGGAUCUUAUCUGCCUCGGUUAUCAACCAAACCAAGACUUCAGAGAUGCCGUUGCUGCUUUAAAGACUUCAGAUUUGGAUAAAGAAGAUAUAGAUAUAGCAAGAAAUAUUUGUUCCAUUCUGGAACGGGUUGAUCCAAUUAGAGCCAACUAUUGGAUCUGGCGUAAGAGCAGGCUUCCUCAAGCAGUUUAGUACUAAAACAUGAAAAGACAACUUUAUUCUGUUGAAAUUGCAUAUUUGUUCCUUGCUACGGUAUGUUAUCAGUUGUAUUUAUGUCGCGCAUCAUGGGCAUUCAAGUGUGAGUAGAAUUGAAAAUAUUUAUCCUCUUCAAUUUCUUGACAAUGCUAUUAGAUUAUUAU